AUGACGGGAGGAAACAUCAUCGAAAUUUGUAAUUUUAUGGCUCCGGAAACGGUUAAUCAUAUGUUAUUUGAAUGUCCACCAGCGUUACAUGUGUGGGCUUUAUCCCCAAUUCCUACAACAUUUGACCAUUUCCCAACAGGAGGUUUGUUCACAAACAUUGCUCACCUGUUUUGGAACCUACCAAAUGAUGAAAGAAUGGGUAUGUAUCCCUGGUUGAUUUGGUUUAUCUGGAAAUCCCAAAACGAUAACGUUUUCUCCAAUGAUGACUCAGAUCCUAAUGAUAUCAUAAAUCAUGCGGCAAGUGAGGCGGUAGCAGGGAGAACGGCACAAGAAAAACAAGAGGUCUUUUGGAGCAUUCUGGAGCAUAUGGGACGUGAGGAGCAUGGAGGGACUUGGCACAUGGACGCAGCUCAACUGGAUACGCAAAGGAAGAAGGGAGAAGCCAUCUUGAAGACCAGCUCGACCAUCUACUCGACCAACCGGUCGAGUUCCUCAACUCGACCGGCCAAGCUUCAACUCGAUCGAGCUGAGAAGUCAACAGUGUAUGCGAACUCGAUCGAGUCGGUCUACAGAGACUUGGUCGAGCUAGACUUUACAACGGGUAGAAAGAGGGUUCAGAGGUCACAGAGGGUACAAGAGGAACCUGAGGUGCUUGUUGCUGAUACAAUGGAUGUACCAGAGGGGAAUGGAAACCCUUUGGGCAAUGGACUCGGUCGAGCUAGGCAAACUCGACCGAUUGGUCAAGGAGAUGCUCCAAACCGCCACCAACAGAGACAAGGGAUUGUUCCACCACCAGUGCAGAACCACAACUUUGAGAUCAAGCUGGGAAUGAUCAACCUUGUCCAGAACAAGAUGUUCCAUGGAUUGCCAAGUGAAGACCCCAUUGACCACCUUGAUGAGUUUGAUAGGCUUUGUGAUUUGACAAAGAUCAAUGGUGUCUCUGAAGAUGCCAUCAAGCUGAGACUCUUUCCUAUGUCUCUAGCUGACAAAGCUCACCAAUGGGAGAAGAGCUUGCCCCAUGGCACAAUCACCACUUGGGAUGAAUGCAAGAAGGCCUUUCUUGCUAAGUUUUUCUCCACCGGUCGCACAGCCAAGCUUAGAGGAGAGAUAUCCAGCUUCAUCCAGCGAAACAAUGAGACAUUCGCAGAGGCUUGGGAGAGGUUCAAAGGCUACACAAGUCAGUGCCCACACCAUGGAUUCAACAAUGAAUCACUACUCUCCACUCUUUAUAGAGGAUGCUUGCCUAGGUAUAGGGAGAUGCUAGACACAGCUAGCAAUGGGAACUUCCUCAACCAGGAUGUAGAUGAUGGCUGGCAACUUGUGGAGAACAUAGCUAACUCAAAUGGAAGCUAUGGAGAAGAGUAUGAUCGCACCAACCGGAGCUCGACCCACCACUCGAUCGAGUCAGACGAAAAGUUGAGAAAAGAUGUUAAGGCAUUGAAUGAGAAGUUGGAUAAGCUGAUCUAG